AACGAAGCUCUCGAAAAAAGGAUGCCGCAGGUUGCGUAUGGGGUCGCCUCCCAGGAUAUACAUAAAACGAUCAAGUUAUUGAUUCACCAACUUGUAAACAUCAAAGACGAAACAGGCGAAUUCCUUCUCCGACUAGAAGAUGGCCGAGUUAUUGAUACGAAAGGUUGGAAUGGAUGGGAAUGGACGCAUGGUAUUGGGCUCUACGGCCUUUGGAAAUAUCACACCUUGACAGGGUCAAAUGAAGCCCUUGCUAUCAUUGAAGAUUGGUUCGCAGCUCGGUUUAAGGAAGGUGGAACAACCAAAAAUAUCAACACAGUUGCAGUAAUGCUGACCCUUGCAUAUGUGUACGAAAAGUCGGGCAAUCAGACAUAUCUGCCAUGGCUCGACAGCUGGGCAGAAUGGGCAAUGUAUGAACUCCCUCGUACACAAUACGGCGGCAUGUCUCAUAUGACAUACAACUCGCUCAACUCAGAAGAGCUUUGGGAUGAUACCCUCAUGAUGACCGUUCUCCCGCUGGCCAAGAUCGGAAAAUUGCUAAAUCGACCGCAUUAUGUAGAAGAAGCAAAGAGACAAUUUCUUCUCCAUAUCAAAUACUUGUUCGACACUAAAACCGGGCUCUUUUAUCAUGGAUGGACGUUUGCAGAUGGUGGGCAUAAUUUCGCCCGAGCUCUUUGGGCGCGAGGUAAUUCAUGGUUGACUAUCGUCAUACCAGAAAUGCUGGAGCUCCUCGAUCUGCCAGCCAACGACGCCUUCCGCAUUCAUCUCAUUGACACGCUGGAAGCUCAAUGCCGAGCACUUCUAUUGUACCAAGAGCCAGGUGGACUCUGGCGGACACUGCUCGACCAGCCUUUGGACGAAGGAUCGUAUGUUGAGAGUUCUGCGGCGGCGGGAUUUGCUUACGGCAUGCUAAAGGCAUUGCGAUUGCGAUACAUUCAUGGAGAGCAAUUCCAGGAGUCCACCAUCAGGGCGAUCAAAGCUGUUCUGGGCAAGGUCAGCAGCGAGGGGGAAUUGAUAGAUGUGAGCUUUGGGACGGCAAUGGGCCACACGUUGCAGCACUAUAAAGAUAUCGAUCGCACUAGUAUGCCAUACGGACAGGCAAUGGCUAUCAUGGCCUUGGGGGAGUUUUUAAGGGUGUUUAUAUAA